UUGGACUAUUGGACCCCCCCACAACCUUCCCUCUGUAUUUAUUUGGUCCUGGUGAGAAGGCCAUGAAGAGAGCUCCUCGUCUUCAAAAUAAUGAUGGUCAGGUCCUUUGAGUAGUUUCCUGUGGCCCUUCUCUUGUUCUGGCCCUAUAUGGGGCUCCACAGAGGGUACAAAAAACCUAACUGACUUGUAACUGAAACCACCUGCACAUCGUAGUUUCGAAGUCUUCUGUAUGUAUCGGAACCUUUUUAUCACCAGAUUCUGUCAUGCCACUAUGCCUUGUUUUCAUUUAAUAUUUUUCAUCUUGGUCCUCUUGUCAUUGAGCCUUGGUUCUGCUUCUUGGUGCCCACAGAACUAUGCUCAACAAAAGAAUAGAGAAUUUGAGCAGAAGACUGAUCGUUUCUGGGAGUUCCAAGAGCAAUCCAAUACCUGGGUUGAAGUGGAGCUGCCAUAUGAACUUGUCUCUUGUGUUAAUGAUAACUGUACUAAAGUGGGUAAAAUUCAUCCAGUGACAAGAGAUGUAGAAGAGAACUUAGAAAGAGAGAAUGAUGAUUCCAAGAAAAAUGAGAAUUUGAAAAGGAAGGUUGAAGAUGGAGGAACAGAAGCGAAUUCUGAGAUUGUUCUGCCUUUGAGGAAGAGAAUUUCUCUGACUAAAAUGUCUGAGUCAUCCAUUUGGGUCACUGGUGAAAGUGGGUCUAUCUAUGAGAGGUUCUGGAAUGGAAUCCAGUGGGUGAUAGCACCCCAUGAUCUACCAGUAUUGACUGGUCAUGCAAUCUGUGUCUUUAUUGUCAAUCAAACUAUUCUUACUCUAUCAGAAACAGGAACCCUAUAUCAGAUGAUGCUUGGUGAGAGCUCACAGCCAAUUUGGGUAGAGUUCACACCUACUCUCGAUGAAAGCACAAAUAGAGAAGCAGAAGAAAGUUCAUUGAUGCUAAUAAAUUCCGGCUUCAUUUCUCAUGAUGGGCUGAAAAUUUAUUUCUGCACAAAGAAUGGCUCGUUAUUAGAACUCAGUGAGGCAGAGCCUCCAAGAUGGGAAAAUCACGGGCGACCACCUGGUGCAGAUGUUGCAGCAAUUGUUGAUGCUGCUACUAUGAGACCAGACGUAGUAUAUACCAUAAGUGUGCUGCAAUGCAGUUCUACAGGAGAUCUUUAUGAAUAUGAUAGGAGCUCAAAGCCAUCAUGGAAGAAGCAUAUAUGGGCAGAAGGGACAGUAGCAGAUGCUUCUCUGAUGCCAUCAAGGGGAUGCACACUACAUGGCUUGAGUGGAGAAUACUCCAUCUCUCUUUUUCUUCUAACUAAGGGUGGUAAAUUGGUAGAGAGACGAUUAAACCAAAGAAAGUGGAAAUGGAUAGUCCAUGGAAGUCCCAAAGAUCAUAAGUUGACAUCUAUCACACCAGUUAUACAAGAUGAGAAAAAUGAAAAAUUCUUAUCAUUAUUUUUCACCACAUCGUCUGGAUCGGUUUUUGAGUAUCGAAUAUUGAAACAGUCAGGCACUGAUCAGGAAAACCAAAUUCCCGAAGCAUGGUUGAGUCAUAUGCAUCCUCCGCAUGCGAAAGUUGCAAGUGGAAUUGCUGGGAUACCACUUCAAGCUGGCAGAAUAGUUUUCCCACUGCAUGAUGGUAGACUUGCAGAGUUGCAUCUACCUGGACUGGGUGGAGAAAAUACUGGGCCGAACCAUCAAGUAAAUCUCCGAAAAAGAGCAUCGGUUAAAUAUGUAUGGUCAAUGAUAGACGCCCCAGAGACUGAAGGUUGGAAUGCAGAGUAUUGCAGAGAAGAACGUGGACCCAUGAACUGCCUUGAAGGCAUAAAAGACGAGCCAAAUGAACAAGGAAUCACAAGAUCAAUGGCAAGAAGGCGAAAGGGAAGUAAAGCACAAGAAGAUUACCUAUUUGCAGGUGCCAAUGGACCGAAAAAAGUUUUGGAAGGAUAUAGUUUCCCAGAUAAUUGGAUCAACAAUAACUUUCGUCUGCGAAUGAUACAUGGAGGCAAAUCAUUUUUCCUUGUUACUGAUGAUGGUUUGACUUAUGAACAUCUUUAUGCUGAGAAUUUAUGGCUGUGGCUGAGGCAUGAUCACUCAACACCAAUGAAAGGUGCCCUUGGAAACUACAAUGGAAGUCUCUUUUUGGUAGACAUUUACGGGAGUCUGCUUAUGAGAGAAAGGAGCGAUGAGGGGCUAACAUGGGUAAAUUGCACUGCCAUGAGGAAUCUCGGGCGUGUUAUUGGAGGCCCUCCAUGGGAUGGAAUUCCAGGUAAAGCUCCGAAAGUUACACCAGAAGAUGCAAUCUUCUUUGUGAGCAAAAAUGGAAGGUUGCUGCAGUUCACAGUUGCCCUGAGGAAAUUCGAAUGGAAAGAUUGUCGAAACCCUCCAGAUACCAAAGUUGCAAGUAUUGUUGACCAGGAGCUGUUCCGGGAUAACGUAGUGUUUGUCACUGGAAGGAAUGGGAGGCUAUACCAGUAUAACAAAGUGACUGAAUUGUGGCAUGAGCAUUAUCAGUCUCAACAUUUGGUUCUAUCAAGAUCGCCAGGAACUGCUAUGAGACCACCCUCACUAUCCCUCACAGGCUCACUAUUUAUGCUUUCAGAAGAUGGUGGACUAGUUGAAUAUCAUUGGAAUACUGGUGAUGGCUGGAAUUGGAUUGAACAUGGAACACCUAAUAAAGGUGUAACCUUGAUCACUUCCCCUAGCCCAUGUUUUGAAGGUAAUCAACUUUUUCUUAUAGGUUCAGAUGGAAAAGUAUACGUUAGGUAUAUGGACAAAAUGACAUGGAGAUGGAAAAACUGUGGCUUCCCUCAUGUGGGGCAAUUAAUGAAUGAAGAUCAAACACAAGAGGGGGGAAAUGAUAAUAAUGAAGAAGUUUGCAUAGAUGAAGAUUUUGCAGCCAGCUUGGAGAAUGUUGCACGGAAGUACAGUGAUUUUAAUAGAAACUGUGACCCAAAGGUGGCACCAACAAGGCCGAUCCCAUUUUCUGAUGAUUCAGUUAUCUUCGAGCUCAGGGAUGGAAGAUUGGCAGAGAUGCGAAGAGUGGAGGGCACUCAUUGGGUAUGGUCACGCACUAUUGCCACUCCAACAACCUCGUGCAUGGCCAAUUAUUGGACCGCUGUGGCUUCAUGAAGAAAACAUACAACGUAGAGAAGAACAUGUCAGAAAUAUACACGCACAGAGCUGCUACAAAUACACGAAUUUUGUACAUUUAACAAAGAAGAAUAGCAAAAAUUACCAUACCUUUUUUCGCUUGCUGUGGGAGAGCAAGCUGGAAUUAGAUUUGAAUCAUCAGGAGCAGAAUUUCUAACACGAUUGGUUGUACAGCGAAGGAAUUCAAUGGUGAAGGAAGCAAGGCUGUGAAAAAGCUGAAUAGAUAUUAUAAUUAUCAUCACUGACAUUGUAUCUAAUGGAUCUUGUGAUUUUCGUGGUGGUGAUGAUACUCUGACAAGCAAAGAGCGAGCUACAUUAGAGGCUUUCUUCCUUCAUCUUGGUAGACGUACGUACCUCCAACACCAUUCAUCAUGAAGUGGAUGAUAAUCACACACAGUAGUCGAUUAUUCAUUUUUAGCUCAGUUCUGAAAGGGAAAUGUUUUGGUAGUUGAGCAUACGACGACGACAUUGUCAGGACCAUCAUAAGUGCAUUGAUUAGUGGCCUUCUCUUAGAGCAUACUUGUACCUUCAUGUCGUUCAGAAGUGUGCCAGUGAUAGCUUCCCGGCAUAACUGCUGAAAAUUAGUUUUUUUUUAAUUAUUUUCUUAUAAAAUAAAUUUUUAAAAAGUAAA